CAAUCAAUAAGAUGUCGCAACAAACUGAUUUAAUACAUACAUGUACUUAAGUCUGCGGUUAAAUGAUAACCCACUUAGUAAAAAGAAAAUGUACCGGAGUAAGCUUCGUUUGUUGAUAACAGCUUUCGUUGUCACAGUAAUUCAAUUGGUCACUUUAAACGCGUUAAACACGAAUGAUGAAACCGACGCAUUAUUAGGUGAUCCAAAUAAUCCGCCAGCUGAUUGUGGAAGGCCACCAACGCUGACGAAUGGUGACCUAAAAUUUAAUUACACCACCUUCAACUCCACUGUACAGUAUACGUGCAAUCCAGGAUAUUAUCUGACUGGAAGGAGCAUCAUUCGUUGCCUUGAGGCAGGAACGUGGGAUUCGCUCAAGGCAAAUUGCACUAUUAAAAACUGUCAAAACCCGCCAGUUCUUCAAAAUGGCUUCCACGCCGCCACAACAACAACUUACAAUUCCACUGCCACUUACUCAUGCAACUCUAGCUAUACCAUGUUUGGUGAGAGCUCGAUCACAUGCCUCGACACUGGAAACUGGAGCGAACUGCUUGUCAACUGCACCAUAAAGGAUUGCAAAACGCCACCGUCAGUUCCUGGGGGUUACUUUUCGGACAUUAUGAAGACGAUUGUCAACACGACGGUUAACGUGACUUGUUAUAAGGGGUACAAAUUAAAUGGAAUCAACGCAAUAACGUGUUUAGAAACUGGGCAUUGGACAACGACACCGACAUGUGAUGUUGUUGAUUGCAAAACGCGACCGUCAGUUCCUGGGGGUUACUUUCCUGACAAUAUGGGGACGACUGCAAACACGACGGUUAAUGUGACAUGUUAUAAGGGUUACAAAUUUAAUGGAACUGCAGCAAUAACGUGUUCAGCAACUGGGAAUUGGACAACGACACAGACAUGUGAUGUUGUUGGUUAUGAAUUCGGUGGCAACAAAAAUCAGUUGCUGACCAUUUCAAAGUUACGUAACUGA